AUAUGCCUGCAAAAAAGAAAAAGGGCAAGGCAUCGAAAUUAUCGCGUAUGAGCGAUGAAGAGCGAGCCAGAUAUUUGCAACAUCGAGCGGAAAUAGAAUUGGAAGCCAAGAGGCGCAAGCAACAAUUAAUCGCUGCUUUUACAAAGAAUAAACUUAAGCAUGAAGAAGCAUUCUCAAGAUUGAAUACUGCGAAAAUAAACGAACAGUGGCGUCAUUUGCUGCGUCAAAUAAAGUGUAAGGAAUUGUAUCAGGACGUUAAACACCUUUGGCAAAAUUUCGACUGUACUUUGAAAGCCAAAAACUCAAUAAUUGCAAAACUCUACGAGGAGUUAGAAUUAUCUGACAGAGAUCACAGGCGAUCACAAGAGGCUCACAUCAUGAUGAUUGAUAAAUUCAUAGGUGAAUUAAAGAUAUACAUACUCAUACUCAUGCAUAUCACAUUUCUGCUCAGAGGAGACAAUACUAUGUUGACCAUAAAUAUUUUAACAAUGAGUCGCAUUGCGUAUAUUUCAGGCAUACACAAGCAGAGAUUGAGUUAUUUGCAUGACAAUUAUGUGAAAGAACUCAGAGAACUUGAAUACAUUGGCACGGUAGAAUUGACUGAAGUUAAAAAUAAACUGGAGAACAGUUGUAAGGAACAAGACACUAUUAUAUUUGCACAGAACAAAAGUCUGGAGAGUAGCUUAGAAAAAACAAGGUCACAGAAUGCUAUCCACACACGUACCAUCGUGCAUUCGAAAGAGGAAGACAUAAUGGAACUGAGGCACCGUGUUGUGGGCAAUAUGGAGAAUCUGUGGUCGCAACUGCUUGCGACAAUCACAGACUAUGAAGUGCUGACGGAAAACAAAAGGAAGCAGUAUGAGUACUUGAAGGAACAGGAUGAUGCUGUCAGGGCAGAAGCAGCUAUGUUUCCUAAACAACAAUCCCAGCUCUUAGACACAAUCGAUAUUACCAAAGGACAAUUAGAUGAUUUGGCAUGGGAGCGUGGGGAGCAGAUAACAGAGUUGAAACAACAGCUGGAGCAGCUGAACAAAGCGAUUUGGGAUCUGAGAUCCAAAAUAAAAAUGGCGCAAAUAACAGACGCCAUUCGGCUGAAGAAACUCAGUGUUAUAAGCAAUGGAGUGAAAAAGGAAUUGGAUAAAAUUCUGGAAAAAGGAACGAUGUUGCAGCUUCUCAGUCAACUUUGUUCAAGCUUAGAAGAACCACGAGAUGGGAUUGACAAGUGUUCUAAUAAAGAUAACGACUUAUUACAUUGCUACGAGAAAACGGGCACAGAAAACGUGACAGAACCGUUCGACAGAAUGGAAAAGUUCUGGAAGCGAUUUAAUGAAGUGAAGGCAGAGAAUAUUUUAAUGCGGAAAGAGCGUGCACAGUCGUUGCAGGAAAACAGGCAUUUGAGGCACAACUUGCGUGUGUAUCUAGUUACUGUAGCCAGAAUGCCAGCUGCGAGACCUCAUACAGCCAUUUAAACAUUUUUAGUUAAAGAAAAUUUCAAAUUGGUCUAGAUUUUCGCAUUUAUUUUAAUAUAAAUAUUGAUGCACACAAAUAUGAAAUCUAGAUCGGUAUACGUAUUUUAUUCCAAUGUGUAAAUCUAGAUACCAGUUACUUCACCUCUCUUGGAAUAAUUUUUUCGUUUUUUGUUUUGUUAUUCUUAACUGACGUUUACGCUAAGUGUGAAUUUCUCAUUCAAACAUGAUUCAAAUGAAAAUACCGCACGUUUUUGCAAGUGUAGAGCUAUGUUGAUUGAAGUUAAUCGGCCAUUUGUACUUUGUGAUAGU